GCACAAUAUGGAGCCACGAAGCCAAUUAAAAAAAAAUGCAUCACGUUACAAGCCAAUGAAAUGAUAUCUAUCCUCUUAUCCAUAUAGAACCCUAGAGACCAGUAGACUAACACACUGAUCAAUCCACCAAUGCUAUUCCUACUCGUCUAAACCUUCAGGCUUCAACAUAUUCGUAAGCAACCAUGGCCGGAUUACUAGGAACUUCUUCUGCAGCAGCACUACUGAGCUCUCCCUCUAUUUCUUCUUCUUCUUCGCCAAAGGCGUCAAUUCGUGCUCUAUCCUUUAAUCCAGGUCAUACUCAAGGCAGAAGGUUUUAUGGAGGUAUUGGACUCCCAUCGAAGAAAGGAAGGUCUCAUUUUUCAAUCUCAAAUGUUGCCACUGAAAUCAGCCCAGCCCAAGAACAGGCACAAAAGCUCUCAAAGGAAAACCAAAGACCAGUAUACCCCUUUGCAGCAAUAGUCGGACAAGACGAGAUGAAACUCUGCCUUCUAUUAAACGUAAUCGACCCAAAAAUCGGCGGAGUCAUGAUCAUGGGAGACAGAGGAACCGGAAAAUCCACAACCGUCCGAUCACUCGUCGAUCUCCUCCCCGAAAUCACCGUCGUCGCCGCCGACCCCUUCAACUCCGACCCAGAAGACCCCGAAUCAAUGGGCAUGGAAGUCCGCGAAAAACUAAUCAAAGGCGAACAACUCCCAACCCUAAAAGUCAAAAUCAACAUGGUUGACCUUCCUUUAGGAGCCACCGAAGACCGCGUAUGUGGCACUAUCGACAUCGAGAAAGCCCUCACCGAAGGAGUCAAAGCAUUCGAACCCGGUCUUCUCGCGAAAGCCAACCGCGGGAUUUUAUACGUUGAUGAAGUAAAUCUUUUGGAUGAUCAUUUAGUCGACGUGCUUCUCGAUUCCGCGGCUUCAGGGUGGAACACAGUCGAACGUGAAGGAAUAUCGAUUUCGCAUCCCGCGCGUUUCAUCCUUAUCGGAUCGGGAAACCCCGAAGAAGGUGAACUCCGACCGCAACUUCUCGAUCGAUUUGGGAUGCACGCGCAAGUGGGAACGGUUCGUGACGCGGAACUUAGGGUUAAAAUUGUGGAGGAGAGAGCGCGAUUUGAUAAAAACCCUAAGGAGUUUAGGGAAACGUAUAAAGCGGAUCAAGAGAAGCUUCAAGAGCAGAUAACGGCUGCGAGGAGUUGUUUAUCGAAGGUGGUGAUUGAUCAUGAACUUAGGGUUAAGAUUUCGAAAGUGUGUGCGGAGUUGAAUGUUGAUGGAUUGCGUGGUGAUAUUGUGACGAAUAGGGCGGCGAAAGCUUUGGCGGCGUUGAAGGGGCGGGAUACGGUGACGUCGGAGGAUAUUGCGGUUGUGAUUCCGAAUUGUUUGAGACACAGGUUGAGGAAGGAUCCGUUGGAGUCGAUUGAUUCGGGGUUGCUUGUUAUUGAGAAGUUUUAUGAGGUUUUUAGUUGA